AUGGCAGACGUCUACUCUCUCGGCCAUGCAAUGCAGCUCCAUGCUCUAAUCAUCAAAACCAGGAACUGUCAACACCAUCACUCUUCCCCUGGACACUCCUUCGCCACCAACGCCGUCGUCCGAGCUUACGCCCGGUCCGAGCGGCCCCGAGAUGCCCUCCUCUUCUUCCUCCACCUCCAACAACACGCUCCUGCUCCCCUCCCCAACCACUUCACUGUCACGUUCCUCCUCGCCUCCUGCGCCCGUCGCUGCGCCGCCUCCGAGGGCCGGCAGCUCCACGCCCUGGCCCACAAGUGCGGCUUUAAAGCCGAUCGCCACGUGCAGAAUUCCCUCAUCCACAUGUAUUGUAGCUGCGGCCAGGUCGACCAGGCAGCCAAGGUAUUCGACGGAAUGGCUAACAGGGACGUCGUCUCUUGGACCUCCAUGAUCGGGGGAGCCGUCGAGGUGAACCGACCUCUCUAUGCACUUCGUUUGUUCGACUCCAUGCAGAGCGAUGGAGUCACCCCAAAUGAUGUGACAGUCGUGUCUGUACUCGGAGCUUGUGCAGAGGUGGGAUCUCUGAGCGUUGGCCGCCGAGUGCAUCAGAUGACUGUACAAGCAAGGCUUGACUCUAAACCUAAGGUUGCAACGUCUCUGAUAGACAUGUAUGCAAAAUGUGGCUGCAUUGUCUGUGCAGAGAGGCUAUUUGAACAGAUGGGCAAUAAGGAUGUUUACGCAUGGACAGCCAUGAUUUCUGGACUUGCAAGCCAUGGGAGGUGCGACGAUGCUCUCAGCCUGUUCCAUCAGAUGGUAGACGUGGGAGUGCAGCCUAACGAGAGGACUGUCACUGCAGCACUAUGCGCUUGCAGGAGUGCAGGGUGGGUCACAGAGGGCUAUCGUAUCUAUAAUUACAUGCAUCGGUAUGGGCUGAGGCCAAAGAUUCAGCAUUACGGAUGUAUGGUUGAUCUACUUGCCCGAGCUGGGCAUUUAGAUGAAGCUGAAGGAUUUCUUCGAAGGAUGCCAAUAGAGCCUGACAGUGUUUUGUGGAGGACACUGAUUUGGGCAUCAAGGUUACAUGGAGAACAUGACCGAGCAGAGCGUCUGAUGACAGAGUGGCAGCAGCUUGAGGUGAACACAACUGAUAGUGGAAGCUACGUGCUGAUUGGUAACAUAUAUGCUUCUAUGGGGGAUUGGGGAAAGAAGGCAAGAAUUAGGGAGUCAAUGGCUUCUAAAAAUAUCAACAAACUCCCUGGUUAUAGUAGGAUAGAAGUUGAUGGAGUGUUACAUGAGUUUGAGGCAGGGGAUAGCGGGCAUCCGGAAGCACAUAAGAUAUAUGAGAAAAUCAAUGAAAUGAUGGAGAAAAUAAAAUUGGAAGGUUAUCAUCCCAAAGCAUCUGAGGUGUUGCUUGAUAUGGAAGAUAAUAAGAAAGUUUUGCAACUGCAUCACCAUAGUGAGAGACUUGCAGUGGCAUUUGGGUUGCUCAGCACUAACCCAGGGGAGAAAAUCCUGGUUGUGAAGAACUUGAGGUCUUGUGAGGAUUGCCACACUGUAAUGAAGCUUGUUUCUAAGGUCUAUGAUCGGGAGAUAACCGUUAGGGAUAGAAUCAGGUUCCAUCACUUCGUCAAUGGUUCCUGUUCUUGCAGGGAUUUCUGGUAA